AUGAAAGAAUGGAUUGAUUCAUCAAAAAUAGAAAUUAAAGUGUGUAAUGAAACAGAAAUUUGUAAUAUUAUUAAAGACUAUAUUAAAACUAUUGAAAAUCCUGCUCCUCAAUUAGAAUUAGUUAAUUUUUAUGCAAAAACAUUUGAGCUAAAUGAUAUUAAAUCAUCAUUUCCUUGGAGAGGUGCAAAAAAUUCAUUACAAAUUGAUUCAUUCAUAUAUGAAAUUCCUUUAGAUAAAGAAAACAAAGCAACUAUUUAUCUUUAUACUUCUAAACAAUUUUUUGAUAGAUAUGAUAUGUUUGCAGCAGCGGUUAUAGUAUUUUCACAGCUUUGUUUGAGACUUGGCAUCUCAUUUUUGGAAUCAAAAAACUGUUCAGUAAAAUAUACAGACACUGAUUCAAAAUUUUUCACGAUACCAGAAGAACUUUUUAUUGAAAUAAACAAAUUAUAUUCUCAUGAUAAAAAGCUUCAUGCUGAGAUGAUGAUCAAGAAAUCUAUCGAAUAUGCAAAAAUAAUAGAAGUUGAAAUAAACGAAUUUCUAAAAAAAGAAAUAAGCUUUUUAUAUAUGCGUUAG